AUAACUCUUUGUUAAAACCUCUGUUCUGGUGUAUGGCAGGAACUUGAAGCAUGAGAAAUAUUUCCUGUUCCAGUUAUAGUUUUAAUCUCAAAGGUUGGUCAUUGGUGAUUUUGUUUUGUCAGUAAUCAUUGCAGACACCUCCCCUCCUGGCCUUUUCUUUGUGUUGUUGCUGUUUUCUGUCUUUCUCUCUCCUGACUCUCCUAGGAAAACACCUCCCAGAUAUAUGCCCUGCCUGGCUGUUCCACUGUUACGGUUUCAGGGCCUGAGCAUUACGCAAUCCAGCCAGUUACACAAACACAGGUCAUUUCAUAACUUGUUUUCAUCAGCUGGGCCCCCCUUGAAUGAAAACAAAACAAAACAAAACAUAAACAAGACUCAGAAGUUUUACAAGGCUGCCAUUUGUCUGUUCCUUAGAUAACUUGUGAAAAUAAAUCAAGAGGACAGUUCCUUUUUGGAGUUAAGGAAUACCAGACUACCUCUCUUCUUUGGCAACCCUCCUUUCCCAAGAGACAGACAGACAGAGACAGACAGACACACACACACACACACACACACACAUGCACACAUGCACACACGCACACACGCACACAAUUUCCCGGAGUGAACUUUUGCCAACUGUACCAGGCUGGGACAUUCCUCACAUCAAAGAACUUUUACCAGAAAUGACUGUGAUUCCCAAAGCCAGCCUCAAUUAUACCUCUCUAGUGCCCCCUACAGGACAUUCUGAGAAGAACCAUCUGGGGAAUGUAUUUUUCCAGCCCCAGAGAGUGUUAACUUGGUGAGUUUUCAGAAUUCUUAGGAUUUUUUUCUUUUUACUUCUGGACAAAUAAAUGCCAUAGAUUUAACAGCAGUCAACUAGAAACUGCUUGACUUUGAGAUGCAGUUUUUAAAACAUUUGUCUUUUGUUCUAAAUAAAACCUGGUUGAAAAAGGAGUGUCUUUUUUUCUUUUCCUAUUUUGAUGUCUGUCUGUUCGUUAGGGUGCCAGCACAGUAUCUUCAAGUUCCCAAGGCUUGCUUUGUUGAUGUGUUUCUGUUAGAAUACGGGGAAUUGUUUUGGUGGGGGGUGGUCUUCAGAGUUGGUGGGAAAGUGGAAGGUGUGUAUUAAGGGUCUGGGGUUUUUUUGUUUUUGUUUUUGCCUUGAUCUCACAGAUGUCGUAGAUUAGGAUCAAACAAAAUGUUUUCCGAGGAAUUUGUCUGUUCCGCUGAUUCUUGAUGGUGGAAGUCAGCGUCACUUUUUCAUCAAAGUGAAUGGGGUGAAACUGCAGUCAUGUAUUGUCUGAAUAGCAAUCGAAUUUUCCUCUCCAAAUGGAGUGCAUUUGCAUUCCUUUAUUUCUGCCUGCCUUAUUUAUUAUUCAAGAAAUUCCGGGUAGAUAUGCCUGGCUCGGGCAGCGCCUUCAUCCCCACCAUCAACGCCAUCACGACCAGCCAGGACCUGCAGUGGAUGGUGCAGCCCACGGUGAUCACCUCCAUGUCCAACCCGUACCCCCGCUCGCACCCCUACAGCCCCCUGCCGGGCCUGGCCUCUGUCCCUGGGCACAUGGCCCUCCCGAGACCUGGCGUGAUCAAGACCAUCGGCACCACCGUGGGACGCAGAAGGAGAGAUGAGCAGCUGUCCCCCGAAGAGGAGGAGAAGCGGCGAAUCCGGAGGGAGAGGAACAAACUGGCGGCAGCCAAGUGCCGGAACCGACGCCGGGAGCUGACAGAGAAGCUGCAGGCGGAGACAGAGGAACUGGAGGAGGAGAAGUCAGGCCUGCAGAAGGAGAUCGCCGAGCUGCAGAAGGAGAAGGAGAAGCUGGAGUUCAUGUUGGUGGCCCACGGGCCCGUGUGUAAGAUCAGCCCUGAGGAGCGCCGAUCGCCCCCGGCUUCCCUGCGCGGUGGGGUUGGUGGAGUGGGUGCCGUGGUGGUGAAACAGGAGCCCCUGGAAGAGGACAGCCCCUCGUCCUCAACAGCGGGGCUGGACAAGGCCCAGCGCUCUGUCAUCAAGCCCAUCAGCAUUGCUGGGGGCUUCUACGGGGAGGAGCCCCUGCACACCCCCAUCGUGGUGACCUCCACGCCCGCCAUCACUCCGGGCACCUCGAACCUCGUCUUCACCUACCCCAGCGUCCUGGAACAGGAAUCGCCUGCGUCUCCCUCCGAGUCCUGCUCCAAGGCCCACCGCAGAAGCAGUAGCAGUGGAGACCAGUCAUCGGACUCCUUGAACUCCCCCACUCUGCUGGCUCUGUAACCCAGCUCCCAGGGGGUCCUCGUCACUGCCUCCUUCCCAGGGACCAGCACCUGCAAGUGCUCCAGGUCUGUGAGGGCAAGAGGGGGACCCUGCCGGAGAGCUUCCUGGCUCUGGGGGGACCGAGGCGGGAUUUGGCAAUGAGGCACUAGACGACUCGGAUGAUCUCUUGGAAGUCAUGGGGCCUCCUCCGUCGUUUCUCUGGCAAAACGUUAAUCCUGUUUCUUGAAAAGUCUUGGAGAACGUGGCUUAGUGGAUUCGGGCACCUCUGGCUCCCGAAGAGCCUGAAGCUGGCGUGGACCACUCCUGUCCCUUCGUUAGGAAAUGUCACUGGAGUGAUGGUGUCCUUCCCCACCCCACCAAGCAUGCUCGGGGCCUAUGGGUUUCACCUCCCCUCUAUUUGCCCCUUUCUCCCCCCAGUGUCAAUUUCACUUCCUGUUGGUUUUUAUCCAAUUUGCCAUGACAUUUCAUCUGGGUGAUCUGAAUAUUAAAGCUCUUCAUUUCUGGAGAUGGGGCAGCAAGUGGCUCUUCUGCUGGGACUGACUUGUCCAGAAGGAGACAGUCAAUGUGCAAUACAGAAUCUCCCUCCCCCGACACUCCCCCGUCCACUACCAUCUCCAGAACCACCAGCAGAGCUUCCCGAGCUCUCAAGGAGAUGCCGCCAUCACUGGGAGGCUCAGAGGACCCUUCCUCCCAUCCUUGGAGACGGCUCUUGGAGGAGCGGCUUGGCCAGAAGAAAGGGUGUGAGCGAGACAGCCGGGGCGCAGGUUGGGUUUGCCAACACCUAAUUACCAGGCCAGGAAUAGUGCCAACGAGCCCCAUUGUGUCCUAGCCGGCUUCCCUUCACCUGGUGUCUUGAACAGGACGUCUCCUCUAAUUACUGCCUCGCCAUUCUGCCCCUGGACCCUUCUCUCCAGACCAGGGAGGCACCUCUCCCUAGGAACCACACAUCACUCCACGUCCCUGCCGGCUCCACCCUCCCCCACCCUGGCUCUCAGGGUGACGCCACCCACAGAGGUUUAAUGAGCGUGGGCCUGGACCCUCCCCAGAUGGCUGCCAGGUGGCCCCUCCCCAAGCCUCAAAGCCACCUUCGCUGUGGAUGGAAAGGCAGGGCAGGGAAGAGGGGGGCGAUUGGAACGGGGUUCGCCUCACAUCAGCCCUGGCCCCCGCCUUGCCCUGUCCUGGCUGCUCACCUCUCUGAAGUGCCCAUUGUCACCGGCUGGAUCAAGUGCUUUCUCUUUAUACUCUCCCAGCCCCUCACAUCAGUGUGCUCCUCAGGUCCACCAGCUGGCCCAGAGUUGUUGCUGUGGCUUGUGACGUAUUCUCCAUUCCUGGGGGCCGCUGAAAUGGAAGCUAAGAUGUGUUGCUUCCCACUGAAGGAGCGCCGGCCCCUUCCCACAGGUGGGGGUGGGGUGGGGAAGGGGUCCUCCUGGCCCCACAAGAGCACAGCUCAGGGGGGUCCCUGCCUCCCACCCCUCUGAGCCUUUCUUUCUCCCCAGGACAUAGCUCCCCUGAUCUUCCAGAAUUCGUUUCUGCUGGGCUCGUGCUCUGAGGGAGACACCGCUGUUGUGAUUCAGCUGUAGAGAUUAUUGUAUGAUAAUUUAAAACUACAUAACUGUUAUUUAAAUCAGACCCAAGGGGGGUUAAAUUUCAGUGAGACUCGGGAGAGAGCAGUGACAUUUAAAGCUCACCUGUUCCUUUCACAUACCUGGGCUUCUGUGCUGGUCAUUAUUUAAUGUCCAUUACCUUACUUACCAUGCACUAGACGCACAGAAUGGAAUGGCUUAUGCUUAAAAUACAUAGCCCGCUACGACUGGUGACGUGUGAAAGAUGGGCCACGUAGAGAGAAGGAGAUUAAAAGGAAAAAGAUUUUGUCCAAAAAUGCUUUUAAAAUGUGAUUUCCUACAUUUCUUGGCUGUGGUGCUGCCAUCACGGUUUUCUGUGGCUCUGGGAGAGAAGGGCCUAAUAGGAAUUGGCAGUUGGAUUUCUGGCUUCAGAUUAAUCAAGGAAGCAGAAGAAGUCAGCCAGCAGGCGAUGGGCAAAGAAAACGGGUGCACUCAGCUCUGAAAAGCUUAAUCAUCUCAAAUGGUAUUUGUGGCCACGUGGGGCUAUUUGCUUCUUUGUGCGCAUAUAUAUAUAUAUAUAUAUAUAUAUAUAUAUAUAUAUAUAUAUAUAUAUAUAUAUAUAUGUUUCUGAAGCUGCUUUCUGGUGUUUAGUUUCUAAAAGUCGCUUUAUGCCCCGGUUUGUACAGCACUGCUCCCGAGGCAGGUCCCGGUCUGCGACUUGGGGCCAGGCUGGAUGUUUCUGAGCUAGUGUUUGGCUUUUGUUCCGACUAGAGCUGUGUUGGCUUUGGGACCCGCGGAAGGCAAAACCCAGCUGCCUCGCAGCACUUCCGAGGCCUCCAGCUGCGUUCCCACUCGGGACCCUCUGGCUUUGUUCUAGGAGGUGGCUUGGAGCUUGGGGAGGGCUGACUGUUACGCCUAAAUCAUGAGCAUGUCCUCAGUUACUUCCUGCUGGCUGGCUUUCGGAGUCCACGCGCACACAGGUUGCUCCAGAAUCGCCAGACACCAGGCCUGCUGCUUCCUCUUCCAUGGCUCCAGCUAAGGGAACAGCUGUCAUGGGGCGGGGUGGGGGGUGGGGCGGAGGAGGCCUCGGCGCUUGGGCUGGGAACUGCUGUGCUUCCCCUGUGUCCCCAGCAGUGAGGCAGCUGGUGUGGACAUCAGUUGGGCUGCAGGCAGCUGGGGGACAGCACAGGGCAGUCAUUCCUUGACAAGCUAGUGUGAAACACGCAGUCUUCUUGGCCACCUGGCUGGCCUCUCUGAGAACAGUCCUCUUCCUGGCUGGGUGGAUGGGGACAGCUGCUGACACAGGAAAGAGAGAGGGCCCAGGUGAAGCUUAGGAAAUGGCCGGAGCCAGCUCUGAGCAGGGAAUUCACUGGGGAGGUUUUCAGAGGGAAAUGAUUGCUCUGCCUGUGUAAAAGGCCAGGUGCAUCCACUGCGGCCAGGCACACAAGCAUCUCAAAGCCAAGAGCCAUCAGAUGCUGCUGCUCUUUCUCGGGCUUUGGGGAAAGGAGUUUCCUCCCUGCUCCCACUUGGCUCCAAGUGUAAGGGUGGGCUCACCUCCAUACACAUUUGGGACUUUUCUACCCUGUCCUUGGUGGACCAACAGUGCUCCUUGCAAUCUCACCAUGUAACUUCCAGGUCGAUUUCCUUCCUGAUCAGAUAGAUACCUGUGUGGCCCCUUUAAGAAAGUAAAGAACAAGCACCUAUUAUGUGCCAGGCACUGUGUUAGGCACUUUUAUAUACUUCCUCUUUGGGAUAAGACUAAGGGAUAAGGACAUCCUUUAUUAAAGGACCCCAGGAAAUGGAUAAACAAAAACUUGGAGGUGAGAAGAUCUGUCUUCAAAAAUCUGAGGCAAGAUUGUCUUUAGUCCAAGGUUUGUCUCAAAAGACCCAUCCACUACAAUACCCUCCCAUCUCUAAAUUUCUUUUUUCCCUCUACCCAGUCAUGUGCUCCUCUGCACUCCGCAGAUGGUUGGAGGGGUAACAGUCCUUAUAGAAUUUGUGGACCAAUAGGAUAUGUAGUAUGUGUAACUUGGUUUUGAAAAUGUAAGUAAAGGGGUCUUGCUACUUUCUGCUUGUUGAGUCUUCUUGGCAUUCAUCUUAAAAGCCAGCAUCUCACUAUUUAUUGACAGGUUGGGGUAUGUGUGUGUGUGUGUGUGUAUGUAUGUGUGUGUGUGUGCAUGUGUGUGUAUGCAUGUGUGUGUGUACAUUUCCAGGUGUGCCCAUGUCCUCCUGCAGCUUUUAAAAAGGAAUUCCAGUCAUCCCACUACUAAUUUGACAUCUUCUCAUGCUUCUAGUGUUUUGGCCAGACAUCAACAAAGGGUUUUAAUUUCCCAAUGCUGACAUGUUCAGGAGGGGCUGGGUCAAAUUUUGAGGGGGGGGGUAUGGGAGGGGGAGAAAAAAAGUCGACAUUUAUUUUAUUAUUUAUUUUAAAUGUUUACAUCUUUUGUGUUGUACCAAGCCUGAAUAGAAACAGAUAGCAUUAAAGUACUCAGUUCCUCUCUCCCUUUCUUCCUUAUUUUUAAAAAAGUUAGGCUAAUGAUGCUUUUUACUUUGUUUCUAAAAUGAUUUGUGACUUGUGCUGUAUAAACUGUAUAAAAAGGUUCUGUUUUUAAAGAUGAUUGUCAUUCCGCUGGGGACAGUGGUCACCAGGAAGUCUACAUUGUAAGAGAACACAACGAAAGAUCCUGCCCUGUUCCUUAAAACUUAUUUUCUCUGUAUGAUUAAAAGUUUAUUCCAGUUAUUUCAGUUUGUGGUUACUUGAUAUCAAGGAAGAAAAUGCUCACCUUUGUAUAAAGAGUUAGAUAUCAGGGUGUCUGUUCUGCAGCGGGAGAUGUAUAUAUAGUAUUUUGGUGUAUAGUGGAAAAUCCUAAGCUUUUUGCAUCUGUAUUUGAGAUAUGUCAAUGAUGUGGAGUAAAGUCUGCUCUAAGAUCCUGGAGGCAAACAACUUGUACAAGAUUCCUAUAGCCCUAUGGGGAAUUGAAUUACCUUCCUGAGCUUUUUUUUUUUUUUUUUUUUAAAGUAUAGGUGAAAUGGUCCCAUUGGAAAGGCUUCUAGUUAGGCCUCUCCAGGCAGGACCGUGAACUCAAAAAAUCUUUGUAUAGUUUUGAAAAUUGAGGACUAUCUCUGCUCUGAAACAUCUCUGAUGGUGUUUUCUGUUCUUGUUCGGUUUUGUUAUUUUACUGUAAUACAAGCCUACAGUACUUGCACUAAAGAAAGCUUGUUAGGAAAAGCUUGCUGCUAUGGAAGAAAGAACAUAUUAAAACUUUUUUUUUUCUUUGCAUUUUUUUUUUUUGGUUAGCUUUUCCACUUUCAAUUGAGUAGCAUUUUGUAGAAUAAAAUGAAUUAAGAUUGAA